AAUGACCCAGCAAAUGCACAACCUGAGCCUCCUGCAGAGCAAAAAGGCCAGCAUGCCAUCGUCCCCCAACGCUGCCAAGAGGCUGUACAGGAACCUGUCGGAGAAGCUGAAGGGCAGCCACACGUCCUUCGAUGAAGCUUAUUUCAGAGCCCGCUCCGACCGCCUCAGCCUCCGCAAGGCCUCCAUGAAUUUUCAGUGCAAUGAAGCUAUGUUUGAGGCUGUAGAGCAGCAGGACCUGGAUGCUGUUCAGAUUCUUCUUUAUCAAUACACCCUGGAGGAACUGGACCUGAACACACCAAACAGCGAGGGACUCACUCCUUUGGAUAUUGCCAUUUUGACAAACAACAUCCCCAUUGCCAGGACCCUUCUACAUGUUGGGGCAAAGGAAAGCCCACACUUUGAGACCGUGGAGAGCAGGUCUACACACCUGAGCACGCUGGUGCAGGAGGCCCAACAGAGAGUGGCAGAAUUGUCAGCGCAAGCAGUGAGUGAAGGGCUGGGCAUGGAGAGCACCGAGAGGGAAAAGCAGCUCAAGGGCUGGGAGUGGAGGGCCAGGCUCUACCAGCGCAUGAAGGCCGGCUACGAGCAUGCCCGAGCCCCCGAGGCGCCAACCAAUGUCUGUCUCAUGGUAACGAGCAGUACAUCACUCACUGUCACCUUCCAAGAACCCCUCAGUGUCAACUCAGCUGUGGUGACCAAGUAUAAAGUGGAAUGGAGUUCUUCAGAAGACUUUUCUCCUUUGGCUGGUGAAAUAAUUAUGGAUAAUCUUCACUCUUUGAGGUGCUCCAUCACAGGUCUCAGGACGGGCCAGAGAUAUUGUGUCCGUGUCUCAGCAUACAACAUGAGAGGAUGGGGACCUCCACGCAAAUCCACUCCUGAAUAUGCUUCACCUUCAAACUGGAAAGACUGCAGUGGAAGAGAGCCUCGGCACAGGGGACACACGGAGGCCCUGGAACGCCUCCUUCAGCAGGUUCGAGCAGCUCAUCAGCACUAUAAUUGCAGAGAAAGUUCUAAAUUACAAAAUGCUGGUCGCAAGCAAUCGGUUUCCAGAAGCCUGAAGCACCUUUUCCAUUCAUCAAACAAGUUUGUGAAGACUCUGAAACGGGGACUCUACCUAUCUGUUAUACUUUUUUACAAAGACAAUUUGUUAGUAACCAAUGAAGAUCAAAUCCCAAUUGUGGAAAUCGAUGACUCUCACAGUAGUUCAGUUAUGCAGGAUUUCCUGUGGUUCACAAAGCUGUCCUGCAUGUGGGAUGACAUCAGGUGGCUGAGGCAGAACAUGGCUGUGUCUGUGUCCUCAUCCACAGCCCUCCAGGCCAGGCAGAAGAUGCUUUCAGCAGCAGCACAGCUACAGAAUUUGCUGGGAACUCACAAUUUAGGCAGAGUUUUUUACGAGCCAAUUAAGGAUCGACAUGGCAAUAUGCUGAUAGUUACUGUAAGAGAAGUGGAGAGUCUGUACUCAUUUUUUAAUGGCAAAUGGAUGCAGGUAUCCAAACUACAAAGCCAGAGGAAAUCCCUUUCAACUCCAGAGGAGCCAACAGCAUUAGACAUCUUGCUUAUAACAAUCCAGGACAUACUUUCCUAUCACAAACGAAGUCAGCAGCGCCUCCCUCCCGGCUUGUACCUGGGUUACCUGAAACUCUGCAGUUCUGUGGAUCAGAUCAAAGUGCUUGUGCUGCAGAAGCUGCCCAAUGUCCUGUGUCACGUCAAAAUCCGAGACAACAGCAACGUCUCCAAAGAUGAGUGGGAAUGGAUCCAAACACUUUCUGGCUCAGAAUCCAUGGAAAGUAUGGAUCAUACUUCAGACUGCCCUACUCAAUUGUUCUUGUAUGAGCUCCAGACGGCAGUGAAAGCUCUCCUCAAACAGAUCAAUCUACCUCUGCAUCAGGCUAAGCACUUCCGUCUGUACACACAGGAGGUGUUGGAACUGGGUCACAAUGUCUCCUUUCUUCUCCUGCUCCCCGCCUCAGACGACGUCUGCACUGCCCCAGGACAGAAUAAUCCUUACACCCCACUCUCAGGAUUUCUUAACCUCCCUCUUCAGAUGUUUGAACUCGUUCAUUUUUGCUGUUACAAGGAAAAAUUUAUAAGCCUGUAUUGCCGCCUUUCUGCUGUCAUAGAGCUGGACUCUCUGAAAACCCAGCAGUCCCUGAGGGAAGCAAUUUCAGACAGUGAAGUCGCUGCAGCCAAACAAAGACACCAGCAAGUUAUAGACUACAUACAGCAAAUUGAUGAGAUAUGGAGGGACAUGAGAUGGAUCACAGAAGCACUGCAGUAUGCAAGAUACAAGCAGCCAGCAGCAGGCCUGCCCAUAAAGAAGCUUGUGGAUCUUUCAGAAGAACAUUCUCAAAAGAAAAUGAGCUCCACCUCUUCACAUCUAGAUUGUCUUCCUUCACCUCCACCUUCCCCUGAGCCUAGAAUCCAGAGGAGAAAAGCUGUGAGUGAGUCCCAGCCCUGCUCGGAUGAGGAAGGCUGCUCCGAGGUGUUCCUCCCAACCGACAGUGAUUACGACUCCAGCGAUGCGCUGAGCCCGAGGGAGUCAGAGCUGAUUUAUUCCUCGUGCCAGGACAUUUCCCAGCAGGCUGGCAGUGGCCUGGGGGGCAGCGCACCCAACGUGCUCCAAGCCCACGACGUGAAGCCCUGCCUGGCACUGAGGGAAGUGACAGAGUGUGGUGCCUUGGACACCAGUGCUGAAUGUUGCACAGAGCAGAUGAGCAGCCUGACAAUGUCAGGGCUUACACCGAAAAGCACGGACAAGUCCUCCAGCUCCAAGCAGCCACUGGGCUUUUUAGGGAAAAAAAAGUUGGGGAAGCACCAACAUUACAACUACUUCAGCCGGCAGCACCGCUGGCUGCGCGUGCACAGCGAGUCUCAGGGGGGCUCCCUGUCUGAAGGUGUGUACACACAGCAUCCUAUCAGAUCUCCAGAUUUUUUUCAGGAACCUACCUCCAGUGAGCAGGUGAAGAUUCCCACCGAUGGGUCUCAGAGCACUUUUGUACCUCAUGCAUCCAGCCUUCCAGAGGAUGGGAAAGGCAAGGAUGAGGAAGCAAGGCAGGAUGUCCAUAGGACACAUGUGGAGCCUUAUGAAACAACAUUUCUGGAUGAAGAGGUAAAGCCCUGGGCGAUGAGCAUGGAGUCUGUGGAACACACGGAUGUGCACAGUGCUAUGCAACAGAUCACGGGUCCAGAGGAACAGUCGGGUUCUGCUGUCCCAGAGGUUUUCAGCAGCACCCUUUAA